AUGUUCAACCAGCACAGUGGAGAAAUGUUCCGUAGGCGGUACGGCCACGACGAACCACUCGCAAACUUGCACAAUGUCGCCUUACCCGGGGAGCUCUCGCAGGAUACAAGCGCAGUGCCUUCGCCGCAUGGGUCCGGUGAGCCUUCGAGAAGUCAGAGCCAGGAGCGCGAGGGGACAUGGGGUGAACGCGAUAUCGGAGGCCCUGUCAGCCGAGAAGAGGCUAUGGCCCAGUUUGAGGAGAUCCGGAGGGAGAUCUCCAGACUCAGCCUGCAACGUACCGCAACCCGUGAUUCCGGUGCCGAAAAAGCGAGGACUUGGCUCUCCAGAGCUCGAUCUCGACCGUCGAUGGCUCGGACCCGCACAAUCGCUUCAAGAGCCAGCAGUGAGGCCACCGAUGCGACCUGGGACAAGGAGGCAGGCCCGGAACCGGUCGAGGAGGAUGACCUGGAUCUAGGCGCUUUCCUCAAGGACGGUCAUUUCGAGAAACGCACCGAGGCAGGGGAGUCGGCCAAGAAGGUGGGAGUAGUGUUCAAGAACCUGACCGUCAAGGGAGUGGGCGCUCAAGCAACCUUCACAAAAACCCUGCCAGAGGCAAUCGUGGGCACCUUUGGACCUGACCUCUACCGCCUCGUGACCAGAUUUGUCCCUGCUUUGAAACUCGGCAAGCCACCUCUGACCAGGGAUCUGAUCCACAAUUUCACUGGCAGUGUCCGCGAUGGCGAGAUGAUGCUGGUGCUCGGUCGUCCAGGGUCAGGCUGUUCCACAUUUCUCAAGGUCAUUGCCAACCAAAGGGAAACCUUCGCUGGUGUUGAAGGCCUGGUCACCUACGGGGGCAUCUCGGCCGAAGAACAAAAGAGAAGCUACCGCGGCGAAGUAAACUACAAUCCCGAAGACGAUCAACACCUCCCUACUUUGACCGUGUGGCAGACUUUGAAGUUUGCGUUAAUGAACAAGACCAAGAAACAGGAUGCGAACACCAUCCCCAUCAUCAUCGACGCGCUCUUGAAGAUGUUUGGCAUCUCCCACACAAGAGACACUUUAGUGGGAAACGAGUACGUACGAGGUGUCUCCGGGGGUGAACGAAAACGAGUUGGUAUCGCGGAGACCCUGGCAACAAAGUCAACGGUGGUCUGUUGGGACAAUUCGACGCGUGGUUUGGAUGCCUCCACCGCUUUGGAUUAUGCAAAGUCGCUUCGCGUCAUGACUGACAUUUCGAAUCGAACGACCUUUGUCACUCUCUACCAGGCGGGUGAGGGCAUCUAUGAGCUCAUGGACAAGGUCUUGGUCAUCGAACAAGGCCGCAUGAUCUACCAAGGCCCGGCGAAGCAAGCACGCCAGUAUUUCAUUGACCUGGGAUUCCAUUGCCCCGAUCGACAAACCACAGCAGACUUCCUGACUUCAGUGGGCGACCCUAACGAGCGGCAAUUCCGAAGCGGCAUGGAAGCUUCGACACCUAAAACUGCACAAGAGUUGGAGGCGGCGUAUCUCAAAUCGGACAUUUACAGAGCGGUGCUCGCCGAUGUCGAAAGCUACGAAAAGGAAAUCAAGGCUUCCAAUUGCUCCGAUACCAGACAAUUCCAGGCAGCCGUUCAGGAACAAAAGAGCAACAGUAAACUCAUCUCACCCCGGUCCAGCUACACCGUCUCCUUUUGGCGGCAGGUUAUGGCUUGUACACUGCGCGAGUUCUGGCUUUUCUGGGGUGACAAGUCGACGCUGUACACCAAGGCCUUCAUUAUCAUUUCAAACGCUCUGAUCGUCGGUUCCUUAUUCUAUGGAGAAAGCCUCGACACCAGCGGCGCAUUUUCUCGAGGUGGCGCUCUUUUCUUUUCCAUUCUGUUCCUUGGCUGGUUACAACUGACAGAGUUGGUGAGGGCGGUCAGCGGCCGUGUCGUGAUCGAACGACAUCGCGACUAUGCGUUCUAUCGGCCUAGCGCUGUGGUUAUCGCUAGAGUCGUUCUCGACCUGCCGGUCGUCGCGGUCCAGGCGGUCGUCUUCACGGUAGUGCUCUACUUUAUGGCUAAUCUCGAUGUCGAUGCGGGCAAGUUCUUCAUCACUCUCCUUUUCGUGUACAUCAGUACGAUUUGCAUUACGGCACUCUAUCGGAUGUUUGCAGCCUUGAGUCCUACCAUUGACGAUGCGGUUAGAUUUUCCGGCCUCGCACUCAAUCUCUUGGUCAUCUUCGUCGGUUAUACGAUUCCAAAGACCAUUUUGACCGGCGAUGUGAUCUGGUUUGGUUGGUUGUUCUACAUCAAUCCGGUUGCAUAUUCGUACGAGGCAGUAUUGACGAACGAGUUCCACGGUCGUUUGAUGGAAUGCUCUCCUUCCAACUUGGUGCCCCGUGGACCCAACGCACAACCGGGCUAUCAAGGAUGUUCUCUUUCCGGAGCGACUCUAGGCAGCACCAGCGUCAGUGGCGAUGCUUACUUUGAGAAUACCUUUGGCUAUUCGCGCUCACAUCUCUGGCGGAACUUCGGAGUGGUCAUCGCCUUUACGGUCCUUUACAUAUCGAUCACAGCCUUCGCGUCUGAAAUCUUCUCAUUUGUUGGAGGGGGAGGUGGUGCUUUGAUCUUCAAGAAAACCCGCAAAGCAAAGAGGAUGGUCGGCGAAGAGACCAAACAUAUGGAUGAAGAGAAGGCUGUGACACCUGCGGACCCGGGCUCGAGCGGCACCUCGGAAAUGAUGAAGGAGGAGCCGGGCGCCAUGGUGGAUAGCAUCGCCAAAAGUAAGAGUGUGUUCACGUGGGAGAAUGUCCAGUACGAAGUUCCAUACCAAAGUGGCACGAGAAAAUUGCUCAACGGGGUCAACGGAUACGUCAAACCCGGAAUUAUGAUUGCGCUCAUGGGUGCGUCGGGGGCCGGCAAGACAACCUUGCUCAAUACCCUCUCGCAGCGGCAGACCACGGGCACUGUUUCAGGGGAUAUGCUUGUCGACGGACGUCCUCUUGGGAUCGAGUUUCAGCGGGGGACCGGCUUCUGCGAACAGAUGGACUUGCACGAUGAAGCUGCCACCAUUCGUGAAGCUCUCGAGUUCUCGGCGAUAUUGAGGCAAGAUCGGCAUGUGCCAAAGCAGGAGAAGCUCGACUAUGUCAAUAAGAUCAUCGAAUUACUGGAACUCCACGACAUCGAGGACGCCAUCAUCGGCUCUCUGGGUGUCGAACAGCGCAAGAGAUUGACCAUUGGGGUGGAACUGGCUGCGAAGCCGGAGUUGCUGCUGUUUCUCGACGAGCCGACCAGCGGGCUGGAUUCUCAAUCUGCCUUUUCGAUUGUCCGCUUCCUGAAGAAGCUCUCCCAGGCGGGUCAAGCCAUCAUCUGCACCAUUCACCAACCUUCUUCGAUGCUGAUCCAGCAAUUUGAUAUGGUCUUGGCCCUGAACCCGGGCGGCAACCCGUUUUACUUUGGUCCCAUCGGGGAGAAUGGAGCGGCUGUGAUUGAGUAUUUCGCCAAACGAGGUACCCAAUGCCCACCAAACAAGAACGUGGCCGAGUUCAUUCUCGAGACGGCUGCGAAAGGAGGCAAGAGAAGAGCAGAUGGAAAGCGGGUCAACUGGAACAAAGAAUGGCUUGAGUCAGAAGAGAACGCCGCCAUGCUCAAGGAGAUUCAACGCCUGAAGGAAGAACGGUCCAAGGAGCCGCCGAAGGAGGUCAAGGAGCAGCUCGCCUUUGCAGCUCCCAUACCACUCCAGACCUACGAGCUUACGAAGCGUACCUUCCGCUCUUACUGGCGGGACCCGUCAUAUUUGUAUGCGAAGCUCUUCACCAGCGUCCUCAUCGGCAUCUUCAACGGCUUCACCUUCUACAACCUUGACGACUCAGUUGCGUCGCUGCAGGAACGGUUCUUCACUUCUUUCCUGAUCAUCGUCAUUCCUCCGACCAUCGUCAACGGCGUCGUUCCCAAGUUCUACCAAAGCCGCGCGUUGUGGGAAGCGCGUGAAUAUCCAUCUCGCAUUUACGGAUGGUUCGCUUUCUGCACGGCACAGGUCGUCGCCGAAAUCCCCACGGCCAUUAUCAGCGCUGUCAUCUACUGGCUGCUGUGGUACUAUCCGACGGGACUGCCACGCGACAGCGAGACGGCGGGGUACAUGUUCCUGAUGACCAUGCUGUUCUACUUCUUCAUGUCGUCUUGGGGCCAGUGGAUCUGUGCGUUUGCCCCUUCGUUUACGGUGAUUUCGAACACGCUGCCGUUCUUUUUCGUCAUGGUCUCCAUCUUUAACGGGAUCGUGAGGCCUUACAGCCAGCUGCCCGUGUUCUGGCGGUACUGGAUGUACUACGUGAACCCGGCCACGUGGUGGCUGCGUGGCGUGCUGGCGGCGACAUUGAAAGACGUGGCAGUCCGCUGUGCGCCGGGUGAAUCGACGCUCUACAACGCCCCACCUGGCCAGACCUGCCAGUCGUACACGCAACCGUUCAUUGACUCGUCAGGUUUGGGUUAUGUGAGCACUCUCGCGAACGGGACGUGCGCGUACUGUCCAUACGCGACGGGGAGGGAGUAUCUCGCCACGCUGAACACCAAGCCGAACGAGCAGUGGCGUGACUUUGGCAUCUUCCUAGUCUUUGUGUGCUCAAACUGGCUGCUCGUCUACUUCUUCAUCUAUACCGUGAGGGUGAAGAAAUGGAGCUUCGGGAUGCGCUAUGUCUUUGGUAUGGUUGAGAAGGUGAUUGAGGUCACGAAGGGUUUGGCGAAGAGGAACAAGUAA